GAAGAUGUUGGAAACGUUACGAAGCCCAGACUCUGGACAGGAAAACACUUUCAGUAAAAUAACUUGUUGGAAAUGAAUAGUUUCCUAAACUUGGAGGCCAAGCGGUUGUAAAAUACAUGAAUGUCUGAGGAAGUCAGAGAUCAUGUCAGCAAUCAAGAUGUUUGCCCUGCCACAGAACCAGAAUAGUGGUAAAAGAAAAACUUCUGAUGCAAUGUCUGCAGAAUUAUCACCAGACUCAAAAUGCCCCAUCUGUUUGGAUAUUUUUAACAACAUUUCCUACUUGGACCUCUGCCUGCACAAAUUUUGUUUCCGUUGCAUUCAGGAAUGGUCCAAGAAUAAAGCAGAAUGCCCUCUGUGCAAACAGCCUUUUAAUUCAAUCUAUCAUACAAUUAAGUCAGAACAAGACUUUAAGAAGUAUGACCUGAAGCCUUCGGAUACUAACUCUUUUGGGACAUAUGGGGGAGUGCGGUUUAGAUACCGCACAACUCUUACCGGGGUACAUCGACAGAUGCAGGGAAGGACUACCACACCCCCACAAAAUGGAAUAAUAUUUGAGGCCUCUGCAAAUCCUCGUCAGCCACAGCAUGACCGUUAUGUCAGGCGCAUAAUGAUGAAGCUGGCUGCUAAGAGGAGAGCUGCCAGUGAAGGCAGGGCUGUGCAAAAUGUUAGAGAGCAGGAAAUGAUUAACUUCAGGAAGGAGCUAUACCGCCAAUGUGUGAGGGUUCAGAGUGUUCGGGACAGUGGCCGGUCCAGAGACAUUUCAGCUGAGUUCUACCGAAGAAAUCCUGCAUGCCUACAUAGACUUGUUCCCUGGCUAAAAAGAGAACUUAUGGUGUUAUAUGGGGCACAUGGUUCUUUGGUCAACAUAAUUCAACACAUCAUCAUGUCACGUAUUACCCAUCUUGACCUGGAUGAUUCAGCUAUUCAGGAAGAGCUCCGUCCUUUUCUCCAGGGGUGCACAGAGCACUUUUUACAUGAGUUCAUCAGCUUUGCAAAGUCUCCCUUCAAUAUGGAAGCCUAUGACCAGCAUGCUGUCUAUGACUUCCCAGCCCCCUCCUCCAGUGAAGACGGCAGCUCUAACUCAUCAGUAAUCGCCAUCUCAGAGGAUGAGGAGCACUUGAUGGAGCUUGACCCUCCAGGAAAUUCCACAGUGUCUACCUUGAGCCACUCUAUGUGGGAUGAUGAGACGCCUGGGCCAUCUUAUUCCACAAGAGUUGAGCAGGGCAGGAAAGAGCGGUUGUCACUCCCAGACUCCGACUCAGACAGUAGUCUGGAGGACGACACACAGCCACAACAUUUGAGUUCGCAUAACCAAAAAGAAUCAACUCAGGAUGAUUUCAAUAAUGACGAGUGCUUUUCCUCUGAUAGUGAUGACUGUGUCAUUGUAGGUUUUGUGAAGCCAACAGCAGAAAGGACCCCUGAACUGGUGAAGUUAUCCUCUGACUCGUCUGAUGACUCUGCCUCUGAAGUGCCUCAUUUACCUCAACACAUUCGUUUCAUCAGUCUUAGCCCUCCAGCUUCACAAAGCAGUGCUCGAAGUGAUGCUGGACAGUUAGAAAAAAUGGAAACAGACAGUGUUCAUCAGUCAGAAUCAAAAGAAAGGUGUAAGUCUUCAGCAUCUGGCAAACAGAGAACGCGAAGUAAGUCAGAGAGAAAAAAUAGAGGUCACAAAGACAAGAAUAGAUUUGAUGGUAAUAGUAAAUCUAGACGGAAACACUAUGAUGAUGAUAGAGAUCGUAAUAGAAGGAGAAGGUCACGAAGUGGAGAGCACAGACACUCCAGCAGGAGCCCACCAGUCUCUCACAGCAGUGGAAGCGCCCUCUCUAGGGAGAAUGACUAUUCUUAUUCUAGUAGCAGAGUCUACACCUAUAGUAACUAUAAAAGGAGGGACUGUGACUGGAGCCAUAGCACAUCUUCACAAAGCUUCCACUCACAAUCAUACAACUAUUACAGCAACGAUAAAGAUGACAGAAGAAUGCCUUACACUCAGAGCCGUUCGCACUAUUACAGUCGUCACUCAUAUUCAGGUCGCCACUCAUACUCGCGGUCCAGAAGUCGCAGCAGGGAAUCUAGACGACAGGGCAGAGAACGUUCACGAUCCAAGACCUAUUCUAGUAAUUGCUCUCCUUCAGUGAAAAGGAAGUCUCACCAUGACAAGCCUGGGGGGAAGAGGAAAUACAAAACCAGACAUUUGGAGGAACCACACAAAAACACAUCUUCUAGUUUUUACCCUGAAUGUGAUUCCUCCACUGCAUUAACAAAACACAAGAAAAAAAGCAAAGAUAAGCAUCAUAAAAAAUCAAAGGAGGAAUCUGCGAAGAGCAGCAGAAGCCUCAGUAUGGAGCCAGGCAAUGUGGAAAACUCUUGUGAAAGAAAGCGUCACCAUAAGAAAAAAAAGAAACACAAGAAGAAAAGUAAAAGGCACAGGACUAAUGAACACACAGAGAAACGCUCACCCACAGUCAUCACCAUUGAAAGUGAUAGUGAUUAUUGUGUUAAGGACAGUGUCACCCAGGCCAGUCGCUCCAAUACGGACAACUCCAAGAAUACCAGUGAUGAUCCAGUUGAGCCCACCCCCCUGGACACUGUAGCAUAAUUAUGAGGAGAUAAAAUCCCACUGUGGGGAGUUGACACAGAUGGAUUCACUCUCAGUUGCUAAUGCCUGCCAGCAGUAUUUUAGUAUUCAGGAUAAACUGAAUAAACAUAUCUCUUUAAUUACUACAGAUGUUUAUGCUGCAGUUUAUGAGAUGCUGGUGUAUAUGACAAAUACAGAUGUGUUGAGUUAGACUGAGUGUGUUUAUUUACUUCAUAUUUGAUUUUAUAUGCAAAAUACCACUAUGAACAAAGCAGAAUGACAAAAUCAUCAGUCACUUUUCCAAGUUGUGUUAUGGAAAUUCAUUUGUGUAAUUUGGAUAUAUUUUUUAUUUUAAAACUGCUUGCAGGGAAAAUGUUGAUUACAGUGAUUUUUUUUUUUUUUGUUAAAAUAUAUUUUACGGACUAAUGUUUACUUCCUCAGAGAGCACUACUUUUUAAUAUCAAGAGAAGUUCUUUGGAUUUAUGCUAUUUUGUAUUCAAUUUUAUUUAAAAAUAAAUUGCAUUAGCAACUGUG